AUGCGCAAGCCGUAUGUCUCAGAAGCAUAUAAGACAUUUUAUGGUUCAUGGUUCUCAAUUCCGUUCGCAACGCACCGAAAAGUGGAAAACAGAGAAAGCAGCCGUUUAGUGAAAAGCCAGUCUGCGAGUUUGCAGAGCAGAAAAGUACAUAGAGAAAAAGCAAGAACGCAGUUAGUUUCGCAACUCCAAAUCGCCACUACGUCCAAAGCGCACUUUGAUGAUGAGUACGAGCACUACAACUUCGACCAUGACAAGCACAUUUUCUCCGGCCACAGCGGCAAACAGCGCUCCAAGAAGGAGGCCACCGAGCACACCAACCACUUCGACCCCUCUGGCCAUUCCCGCAAGAUUCUCACCAAGCUGAUGAACACCAACAACAACAAGAAGGCCGCCGCCGUCUGUGCAGCGGGAAUGCAAGAAGUAACGGGGAAAGAAGAGAGCGAGAGAAAAGAAAUCUUCGAAUUUAAAGAAAAAUAAAAAGGAAAUCACAGCCACAGCAGUCGAGUCGAGCUGGAAGUAAAA